GGGGCGGGGAGGGCGGCGGGGGAGGACGGGGCAGGCAGGACCGGGCAGGCAGCGCCGGGAACGGGCAGCGCCGGGCAGGCAGGGCCGGGGGCUGCUCCGCUCCGCUCCGCCGCGGCCAUGCUGGGGCUGCCCCUCGCCCCGCUGCUGCUGCUGCUUCUGGUCCCCCCGCCGCCCCCAGCCCGGGCGGCGCCCCCCCGCAGCGCCCCCCGGCCCCGGGCACUGGCGGCCGCCCCCGCCGAGCCCGCCCGCCCCGCCGCCACGGGGAUGGGCACCGCGGGGGCUGCCCCGGGAGCCACCGCCACCGGCGCCCCCGGAGGCACCGGGACCACCCCCCCGAGAGGCGCCGCACGGAGGCCGUCCCCAACCACGGCGGGGCCCCCCAGAGGCACCGGGACCACCCCUCCGAGGGGCACAGCAAUGAGGCCCCCCCCAACCACGGCGGGGCCCCCCAAAGGCACCGGGACGGCCCCCCCGCGAGGCACGGCAGCAACGCCCCCGAAGGGCACCACGACCGGCCCCCCCAAAGGCACCGGGCUGAGCACCAGGAGCCCCACGGCCGCCCCCACGAAAGGCGCGGGGGGGGGACCUGGAAGCGCAGCCCCAUCCAGCCCCGGCCCCCCCGAACGUGGGCGGCUGAAGGAGGGGGGGCCGGGGGCCAAAGCCCCGGUGCCCAGGAAGAAGCUGGUGCGGGUUAAAGUGGUGAAGAAGAAAGUGGUGAGGAAGAAGAAGCCGAAGACCCCGGCCAAGGAGGCGGCUGCUGCGCAGGACCCUCAGUGUCCCCCCCUGGGGCUGGAGUCCCUGCGGGUGCUGGACUCCCAGCUCCGAGCCUCCAGCGACAAGCGCUACGGCCUGGGCGCUCACCGCGGGCGCCUCAACAUCCAGUCAGGGCUCUACGACGGGGACUUCUACGACGGCGGCUGGUGCGCGGGGCAGGAGGACACGGCGCAGUGGCUGGAGGUGGACGCCCGCCGGCUCACCAACUUCACCGGCGUCAUCACGCAGGGGCUCAACUCCAUCUGGACGUAUGACUGGGUGACCUCCUACAAGGUCCAGGUCAGCAACGACACCUACACAUGGCACCCAUGCCGCAACGGCACUGAGGAGGCGGUGUUCCCCGGGAACAAGGACCCCGAGACGCCGGUGCUGAACCUGCUGCCGGUGCCGGUGGUGGCGCGGUACCUGCGCAUCAACCCCCAGAGCUGGUUCCCCAACGGCACCAUCUGCCUGCGGGCAGAGGUGCUGGGCUGCCCGCUGCCCGACCCCAACAACAUCUACGCCUGGCACAGCCCCCCCCCGCCCACCGACAAGCUGGAUUUCCGCCACCACAACUACAAGGAGAUGAGAAAGCUGAUGAAGCGGGUGAAUGACGAGUGUCCCGACAUCACCCGAGUCUACAGCAUCGGGAAGAGCUACCUGGGCCUCAAGAUGUACGUGAUGGAGAUCUCGGACAACCCCGGGCUGCACGAAGUGGGUGAGCCCGAGUUCCGCUACGUGGCGGGGAUGCACGGGAACGAGGUGCUGGGCCGGGAGCUGCUGCUCAACCUCAUGGAGUUCCUGUGCCGGGAGUUCCGGGCGGGCAACCCGCGCGUGGUGCAGCUGGUCACCGAGACCCGCAUCCACCUCCUGCCCUCCAUGAACCCCGACGGCUACGAGACCGCCUACAAGCUGGGCUCGGAGCUGUCGGGCUGGGCCAUGGGCCGCUGGACCUACGAGGGCAUCGACCUGAACCACAACUUCGCGGACCUCAACACGGCGCUGUGGGACGCCGAGGACAACGACCUGGUGCCGCACGAGUUCCCCAACCACUACAUCCCCAUCCCCGAGUACUACACCCUCACCAACGCCACGGUGGCCCCCGAGACGCGGGCGGUGAUCGACUGGAUGCAGCGCUACCCCUUCGUGCUGAGCGCCAACCUGCACGGGGGGGAGCUGGUGGUCACCUACCCCUUCGACAUGACGCGCAGCUACUGGAAGGCGCAGGAGCUGACCCCCACGGCCGACGACGGCGUGUUCCGCUGGCUGGCCACCGUCUACGCCACCUCCAACCUGGCCAUGGCCAGCGAGGACCGCCGCCUCUGCCACUACGAUGACUUCGCCCGCCAUGGCAACAUCAUCAACGGGGCCAACUGGCACACGGUGCCCGGCAGCAUGAACGACUUCAGCUACCUGCACACCAACUGCUUCGAGAUCACGGUGGAGCUCUCCUGUGACAAGUUCCCGCACGCAUCCGAGCUGCCGGCCGAGUGGGAGAACAACCGCGAGUCCCUGCUGCUCUACAUGGAGCAGGUGCACCGCGGGAUCAAGGGGGUGGUGCGGGACAGUGACACGGAGCAGGGCAUUGCCAACGCCAUCAUCUCGGUGGACGGCAUCAACCACGACAUCCGGACGGCCCUGGACGGGGACUACUGGCGGCUGCUGAACCCGGGCGAGUACGAGGUGACGGCGCGGGCCGAGGGCUACGAAGCGGCCACGCAGCCGUGUCACGUCUCGUACGAGAACGUCCCCACGCCGUGCAGCUUCCGCCUGGCCCGGCUGCGGCGGCACCGGCCGCGGGGGCGGCUGCCCGGGCGGGCCCCGCUGCCCUCCGACCUGCGGCUGCGGCGGCAGCGCCUGCGCCGGCUCCGCGCCCAGCGCCGAGCGCCGUGACCGGCACAAGGGACACGGGACACGGCCCGGGGCCGCGGGCUCGGCGGGGGGCCGGGGUGGAGCCGGUGACGGGGCCGGGGGACGCAGGGGGGGCGGAGCGGGUGCUCCGGGUGUCGCUGCUGUGCGGGACACGUCCCAGUAAAGCCGCCUGUGCCGCCCCCGGCUGCGCCUCUGUCGGGAACGGACCCGGUGCACGUGGUGGGGGGCCGGGGCCCGAUCCUGCCCGGCCGGUACGCGGUGCGGAGGGGCUGGGGCCCGAUCCUGCCCGGCCGGCACGAGGUCCCCGCCCCGCCCCAGGAAGCCCCGCCUCCGCUAGUGCCCGCUCCCCAUUUGCCCGCCCUUGCCCUGAAGGUCAAUGGCGCAUCCGCAGCCGGAGGUCCCACCCGCUUGCCCUGGCUCCGCCUCCUUGCUCCGCCCCGUCUGGGCGCCCCGCUGACGUCACCCCGUCCCCUACGAGGCUCCGCCCCCGACGCCCCUCGCUGGGCGCCUAUUGGCUCGUGGUGGCGGGAGGGGCGUGCCCGCCGGAGGCGCGGCGGCCAAUGGACUGCGAGCCUUGUCCGUAUCAGGCGGGCGCUGGCGGCGGCGGGGCUGCGGGCGGGGGGCGCGCACGCAGCAUGGUGGAGUACCGGAUCCGGCCGUACCGGCAGGAGGACGGUGAGGCCGUGCGCGAGAUCUUCGCCACCGGCAUGAGCGAGUACGCGCCGGCGCUGUGCCUGCACGUGCUGCGGCAGCCCUGGGCGCUGCUGGCGCUGGGCAGCACCGUGGCCGCGCUCCUGGCCAGCGCCCGCUCGCUGCUGCUGCCGCUGCUGGCGCUCACGCUGCUGCUGGCGCUGGCCCGGCACC